AUCGCAUUAUGGUCUUUAUAACAUUUACAGCCUUGUCUGCUGUAUUUGUUAUAUUUGUGUUACCUGGUAAUGAAGAAACUUCCAGAACAACAGAUUUUUUUUACUGUGUAUAUUUUUUUUGUGUGUCUGACGGGAGAAGGAGGAAAGAAGCGUGAGAAAGUGUCAGCGGGAGAGGGAGAGGGUGUGUUCCCAGGUGCGCCGGCCCUCCUGUGUGUAUGCUUUGUGCUGCCAGCUAUUGUUGUACUGAUGCAACACCUCCCUGCUGCUGUCUAUAAAAGGGAAAUGCAUGAUUCACCUGUUUCAAAUCGGUUCAGCUAAACAGUUCCGACCUGUGAACUAAUAACGUCAGUCCUUAGCUCCUUCACUUUCUGGAAUGAAGAUGAAAAGUGUUCUUGUUGGACUUUUUCUUGGACUUCUUGCUGUUGUCCAGAUGACACCAGUUCCUACUGUGACCCAGAUCCCGGCCAAAGCUGAGGAGGACGUUUUCCGAGAGGCGGUGACCGACGGGUUCCUCGUCAACCACCUCUUCACAACUGAAUCGCCCGAAACGAAAGCCACUGUCCACGCGUCCCAGCAGCCGCCCUCUGACCCCAAAGAGGCAGUGACCGAGGAGCCCAGCGAGGAGCUCAGCCUGGAGCCCAGCCAGGAGCCCAGCGAAGCAGUGACCAAGGAGCCCAGCGAGGAGCCCAGCCAGGAGCCCAGCCAGGAGCCCAGCCAGGAGCCCAGCGAAGCAGUGACCGAGGAGCCCAGCGAGGAGCCCAGCGAGGAGCCCAGCGAGGAGCCCAGCGAGGAGCCCAGCGAGGAGCCCAGCGAGGAGCCCAGCGAGGAGCCCAGCGAGGAGCCCAGCGAGGAGCCCAGCGAGGAGCCCAGCGAGGAGCCCAGCGAGGAGCCCAGCGAGGAGCCCAGCGAGGAGCCCAGCGAGGAGUCCACGACCGCCGUGUUCAUCCAGCAUGGAGGUGACCACAAUACAACCACAACAGACUCAUCUACCACUCACAGCUCUCCAUCUGGCUCUACGCCCUCAUCAGUGCCAAAUGACGCCGAACCGUCAACCACCACCACCCACACCUCGGCCGCCCAGACCACUGACCCCGCUGUCUCCAGCUUCCUGAGCACUCUGAGUUCAGACUCGGGGUCUGGAGACGGAGAGGAGUCCGACCAGGACGCCACCACGAGCUCUAGCACGACCCCUGUGUCCAACACAGACAGUAGCACUGCAGCAUCGACCUCCACGGCUGCUUUUAUCCAUCGAGGACUGUUUGGAGACGGUGAAGGAUCAGGCUCAGGAUUGACAGAAGAAACCAGCACCGCACCAUCGACCUCCACGGCUAUUCUCUUCCAAUACGAAACUACACAACAGCUCACAGACACUGAAGUGUCAGGAUUGGUACCCAUGGAGGAUUCUUCAAACUUAUCAGCCAUGGAAGACAAAGCAGGUAUUAAACUACCCAUUAUUGUAGAUGGCAAUUCUCCAUCGCAGCAGGGGGCAGCGAGCGGUACACCAGGUUGGAUCAUCAUCCUUGGUUUUAUCGUCGGUGUUGCAAUGCUGGUAAUGCUGUGCGUCGCCAUCGCUACCAGAGACAAGUGGAAUGGACCUCGCCAGGUGUCCAAGCCAGAGACCAAGGCUGAUUCCUCAAACCAGCCGAGGGAACAAGAGAUGGAGACGUUCCUGCGCAGCGAGCCCAAGGAGAACGGGAAGUCAGAGUACACAGUCAUCCCUCUGGAGGAACUUCCAGAGAGUUAUUCGUCACACUGACAAGCAAGAGAACGAGAGAGAGAGAGAGAGAGAGAGACCCUCGGGGGGCUUGGGACUCAUCACAGAACCACGCGACUGUUUUUUUAACAGACAGAUUUGACCAGAGGAACAAAAACUGUUUGAGCAGAGGGCGUCUGUGGACGGCCACAGCGUCGAGCCCGUUCUGAGCAAUAAUCCUGAUCUGGUUUUUCCUGCUGACUUUCAACAACUCCUCGCCACACCCUGCCUUUGAAUCUACAGCAACACUUUGGUUGAUUUAUUUAUUUCCAUUUCAACUCUGGCAUUAACUGUAACAAACCAAAUCGGUCUGGGGUGAGAUGCACAUAUGCCCUUUAUUUCAAAAAACGACUAAAGAAAAGUCAGCGCUUCAUUUCCUUUUGUGUCCUUGUAAAUACUUAAUAACAACAGUUUUUAAAUCUCUGUUGUGAGAAAAUGAUUGUUUUUGUCAGUGCCUUCUUUCUAAUGUAACUUAAAUCACUUUGUAUAAUAUUAUUAAAGACUGUGAUGUGGAUUGUAAAUAAAGCAGCUUUUUUCCCCACGUU